AGGCCGUGCUGGACUGAUUCGCCGCCCAGGCUUUCGCAGGCUGAUCGAGCUGCCUCUCCAAGAUCUGCAUCGCUCGCGCCCCAUCCGAUCCAAGCAGCAUCUUCCGUAUCCUCUCCUUCGACAGCCAUGACCACAUCCAUCUUUCAGAACGACAUAUUCAAGGGCAAGGUUGCUUUUGUGACCGGCGGCGGCUCCGGGAUUUGCAAGGGCAUGACUGAAGCCCUGAUGAGACACGGCGCAGACUCGGUCAUUGUCAGCCGAACCCUCUCCAAGCUCGAGGUCGCUGCGAAAGAGCUCGCGGAGAGAACAGGCCGCCGCUGCCUUCCCUUGGCAUGCGAUGUACGCAACUACGCCGAUCUCGAGACGGCCUUCCGAAAGGCCCAGGAGCAUUAUGGACGGAUCGACAUUGUGAUUUGCGGCGCGGCUGGCAACUUCCUUGCCUCGGCCGAGCGACUCUCGGCAAACGGAUUCAAGACUGUCAUGGAGAUCGACACCAUCGGCACAUUCAACACUUGCAAGGCUGCGCUGCCGCAUCUGAAGCAGACCAAGGGAUGCAUCAUCAGCGUCAGCGCCACCUUUCACUACGUCGGCUCCCCUUUGCAGAUCCACGCCGCCGCUGCAAAAGCUGGUGUCGAUGCCAUGACCAGAACACUGGCUGCCGAGUGGGGCGCCUAUGGUAUCCGGAUCAAUACCAUCACGCCCGGUCCCAUCGCCGGCACCACUGGCAUGGAGAAGCUGACGACCAAGGACACUGUCGACUUGGUCGAGUCCGUAGUGCCCUUGAAGACCUGGGGCCAGAUCAGAGACAUUGAGUACGCCACGCUCUUCCUGGCCCAUCCCGAGAGCGCCCGGUUCAUCAGCGGUGCCGUUCUGGUUGUCGACGGUGGCCAGUGGCUCGUGAGCGGUGGCGGGAUUGUGCCCGAGUCGCAGUGGAGAGGCAAGUUGUAGCCGACUUUCCACCCGCCCCAACUUGGCGGAGUUGGAGAAAUGGGGCAUGGUCCUGCUUGGUGCACCAUGAACUUGCGGAGAUUGCCGGUGCACUCGACCAACGACGGUCUAUAAACGCUUGGUUGUCCAUCCAA